AUGGGCAAAGAUAAUUUCGUCCAUGUUAUAGCCUCAGAUUGCAUUCUAUCAACAACCAUCGGGCGCACUCUUAUAGAUCUAGGGUAUGUAGAUCCAGAGAGAUUGCGCGAGAGUAAUCCCAAGAAAGGACAGAUCGUCGUUUCCAAGGUUGGAAGUACAGAAAUUUUUAGCGUCAUGACCCGAGAAAACCACUUUGAGCCAACUACCCCCGAGAAUUUAUACUAUUCCUUGUUAGGUUUAAGGGAAGCACUGAGGCAGGUGGAUACUAAAACGGUGAGAAUUUCCGGGGCAGGCGACGGAUUGGACAAACUACCGGCGAAUAUACUUCGAAAUAUAAUUCGGCAGAUAUUUGUCGGAAGCGACGUCACUUUCACGCUCUGUUCUGGUGAAGUCUAA